AUGACGUCCCAGAUCGACAUUCGGCUCGCCCUGAUGCAAGACAUCCGACAGUUUGACAUGCCCGCAAUGCAUACCUUGGCCGAAUCCAGCAAUUCAAGGCGUGGCGUGACCGACAAUUAUCAAGAUGAAAUCGGCCCCUUCUCCGAGGCCGAUCCUGUAUUUAAGGGUCCCCUUCGAUGCCCUCCUCGAGACUCGAGACCAACCACCGUCAUCACCAUUGCUCACUCUGCUACCAGCAAGCCACGCCUACCCGUUCACUCCGAACCACAAGUAGCACAGGUUCAAUCCAGGCUGGUCGAAACUCGACCCGAGAUGCGUGCCUCCUUGUUCACUGCCGCGGCAUGGACGGCCAUAGUUUGGGCUGCCAGCCCGCAAGCUCUCAACACGUCGCGGGAAUUCAACCUGCGCACGCAGCUAAAGGCCGGACAAGAGAGCAAGGCCGACUACGAUGGCCUCUGGCUCUACGCCCACCACACGGGAGCCGGUAUGAAUGACGCGAUGUUCACAAGCAACCGCUCGCACGCCAUCCCGGGCUUCCUCAACGCCACUGGCCUUAUUAGCGACGGGGACGGCCAGGCCCUCUCCGGUCUCGUUUUUGACCUUGGCUCUCAGGGCAUCCCGUGGUCAAUGCUACCGGCACUCUCUGUCAAUUUCUAUGCUGCCUGGCAGCCUGUCCGAAUCAACGCUGGCGGCGCGGCAACGGAGCAGAGCGCGUUUUGGAUCAACGGCACAGGGCUGCAGUGGACAAAUGCUGGCAGUGGCACAACGCCAUCGAGCUUCGGCGGCUGGUAUGUCUGUCAGUGGUGGCAUGGCUCUCUUGACGGUCCCUUCCCGGGUGUUCAACUUUUCUUCAGGGUUAAUGGUUUUGGUCAUAUGACUUUAGAGACCUGUGCUGAUGUUGACCUGGUCCCUGAGUAUCUGUAG